ACCGAUCUUUUUGGAUUCGUCACCUGACGAUGGCCAAGUACGAGKUCUACUAUGAGUACUCGUACCAGUACGAGUAUACGAGAACAGUAGAGUACGUACUCGUAUGACUAAAAUGUUGGGAGUCACACCCAAGGAAAAUCGGACUACGAGUACUCGUACGUAUCUGUUCCACAAAGAUUUCCUACAGCGAAAAUUGAAAGCACCAGCACAAGUCCACAAUCAACAGCAACAGCAACAGCAACAGCAACAGCAACAGCAACACCGACAACAACAGCAACAAUGAAACUAGCCCCUGGAAUUCUUCUUGCGUCAUUCUGGCUGAUGUUCUGCGCGCAUCCGUCGUCGGCGUUCACGACGACGGGGAUUGCCCYGCCCGCGGGGAAAACCUCGCCGCAGGCCCUGCAGGCUCUUCGCGGCCACGCGGAACGGGACCAGCACGGGCAACAAGAACAAGAGCAGCAGCAGCGUCCGCCCGCAACGACCCUCGGCCAAACCGCCAGGCUCUUCGGUACCGCGCUGCUCUCGGCGUCCCUGGUCUUUGGUUCGGCCCUGACGACCGCCCCCGAAGCCGCGUCGGCCAUGGAAUCMAAGGUGAUCGGCCAGCUGAAGGGAUCGGGCCUCGUCUUCAAGGACACMCUKUCCAUCGAGCGAUUCGAGGACCCCAAGGUCAAGGGCGUCGUCCUAUACAUUUCCAAUUUCGAUCGGCCCGUGACGGAAAAACUGAGCAAGGGAAACUUUUUCAACGAUCCCUCGUACGCCAGCGUGGCGUGUGCCCGCACCGGCCAGAAGGUCGCCAUUGCCAGCAAYAUCAACAAGACGCCACAGGGAGAAGAAGUCUUUGAGGAGUCCCGAUCCCUUCUCUUCAAGACCCUCAGGGUGCAGCGGGUUUACGACGAAGAAACCAAGUGAGUCAAGUCGUGUUGCGCCGUUGGGGUUUGGUUCGUCUGUUUUGUCUGUUUGUGAAAUCAGGACCGUCGCUCCGAGAAACAAUCGCUGCUGUUCGACUUUUGUAGCCCGUCAGUAUCGUGUGUGUUGUAUCUCGGAGUGAACACAACCAUCGAAACGAAUGGGAUGGAAUGGAAUGGAAUCAUCCUCGAGCCAAUCCGUUCCUCUGUCGGACUCACCGAUUUCUUUUUUCUUGCURUCACUUUUCCAUUCGUUUCGCUUCGCAGAACCGCCGUGUACGUUUCCUACAACACCCGAUUGGACAAGAGCGACGAUUCGAACAAGAGCCGAUUCAAGUCGUCUCUGUGUGCCGUCAACCUGGAGGACACCGUUGCUCCCCCCGCUGUUGCUGCCGCGGCUGCGGCCGCUUCGGCCCCUGCUGCCGUUGCUCCGUAGAGGAAAAGCAAGCAGGCAUCGAAACCGGCCGAAAGAAACAGCACGCAUCAAUUCKUUUUUGGUGUGGAACCCUCCACGGCUUGGUUUGUCUCCACCGGACAUACGGUACAUCGCAUGGCGGGAGACAAUACGAAAAUCAACGGACUCCCCGAUCUACGGCACCCAUGGAAURCACCAGCUACAGUAGCACUGWCUCAAAGCUACACUACCCUAUAGAAGAAUCCGGUGUUUGGGAUUACUUAAGAAUUAAUAGUGCGAAUUUUUUGCAUCGUGUGCUCUCAGUAUACACUGCUGCMGGUGGUCCCGGCGGGUCAUUAAUACASUUACUGAGACUGUGUCGUGUUGACUGCGAAUAAUCUAUCACACGGCAC